AUGUCCUGUGGAGAUCAGUCGAUCGACGAAGGAAGCGAGGUCCCAUGGCACGCCCAUGAGACCAGUGAGGAAGUUUUGCGAUGCCUGGCCGGCACCGGCACGAUCUACUGCGGUGACAUGGUGAAGGACUUCCUUCCGGGUGUCACUGUGCUGGUUCCCAAACAGACGCCGCAUCGAAUCGUGAACCUCUCUCCGUCCGAGAAGCUCCGUGGUUUGAGCAAGGAGGCUAGAGUUCAGGAUGUUUUUCGGGACAGGGGUUUUUGA